UGGAAAUUCGUGAGGGGUGGGGAAGCCGCCUGCGGAGCGGAAGUGGGUCGCUCUGAGACGGCGGAGUCUUGCUUGAGCGGAUCUCCUCAGCAGCUCUCUAGGGUGCUUCCUAUCUCCAGUAGGUUGGUGACAGUGACCAGGACUUCAAGAUACUGGAAAUCUUCCUGGCUCCAAAUUCUUUGUAAGCUGGAAGAUGAGUAACGAGUGGGCAUGAGAGGCUGAGAACGUUCAACUUUGCUGUAAACCUCGGUGUAGAUCGCUUCCUGUUCUGUAGGUUGGAGCCAGAGAGCACAAUGAGUACAAGAAAGCGUCGUGGUGGAACAGUAAGUUCUAGACAAGCCCAGAAGAGAACUCGGGAGGCAGGCUCUACCCCCGAGAUUGCCUUGGAAGCAGAACCCAUAGAACUUGUGGAAACGGCUGGAGAUGAAAUCGUGGACCUCACAUGUGAAUCAUUAGAGCCCGUGGUUGUCGACCUGACUCACAAUGACUCUGUUGUGAUCGUUGAAGAGAGAAGGCAGCCAAGGAGGACUGCAAGGAGGCUGCGCCAGGACCACACGGACAGCUGUGUGGUAAGCAGCGAUGAUGAGGAGCUGCCCAGGGACAGGGAUGUGUAUGUCACCACCCAUGCUCCCAGAAGUGCCCGGGAUGAUGGCGCCACAGGACUGAGGCCUUCUGGCACCGUCAGCUGUCCCAUCUGCAUGGACGGAUAUUCAGAGAUAGUGCAGAAUGGACGUCUCAUUGUCUCCACAGAGUGUGGCCACGUCUUCUGUAGCCAGUGCCUCCGUGACUCCCUGAAGAAUGCUAACACUUGCCCGACCUGUAGGAAGAAGAUCAGCCACAAACGGUACCACCCCAUUUAUAUAUGAAGAGCUCUGAGCCUUCCAGGAGAGCCGGACGGAUGGAUAGACAGACAGACAGCCUGGCUGGGCUUUCUGCAUGUGAUCUGCCUCCAGUUUCCCAAGCGCAACAAGACUGUUUCAAAACAAACAUCUGAUAUGUAAACUGCUCUUUCCUUCCCACCCUCUUAGAUCCUUUCGUUAUAUCGAGUUUGAUGCUAUGGAGCUGCACCCAGGGGCGCUCCAGGCCUGGCUCCUCACCUCUGCUCCUCUGGGCUAGGCCGGUCCUAAAGUAGGAGCAAGGAGGGUCAGGCACAGUGGAGCUUGAGGACUGGGCUCCAGCCUUUGUGGAGUUGCUCUGUGCCAAGAAGUUUCCUGUCAGAAGGUGCGUCCUGCUCUCCCAGAGCCCGGGCCAGACCCGGCCCCCUCCACCCAAGGAUCCCAGUGCAGGGGCAGCCCCUGGACUUUGUUUCCCUCGGAGUCCGAGGCGACCUGCGAUUCUGCCUGUACCUUACCGUUGAUGUGCAGUGUUCUCUGCAAACCACGAGGACCUCUGCAGGGCAAUCCCUGUUUCCUAAGAACGAAAAGUGCAAUAAAGCCCGUUCUCACCCAUGUCUCAGCAGUCAGGAGGUGGCGCCGCUGGCAUCCUCCUCGGAGUCCUCGAGCCGCCUGCAGAGCAGUGCCCGUCUGCCUGUCUCUGCACGCCAGCCGUUCUCAGGAACCCUCCUGUGCUCCAAAGUUCUCCACCUGGCACAGGGCACGCAGGCGGGGGGCAGGCGUCCAUCUGGGUGUCCUUUCUUGAGAGCCGUCCUGUGCGGGCCAUGUGCCCUCCGGCCCUCCGUUCCCACUGCCCGGUGUCUGCCUCAGUAGAUACAGGAGGUGGUGGCAGCAAUUGUGGCCUUAUAGAAGCAGCUCAUUUCCAUGUCUCUGCCCAGGUCACUGUCUCCGCUUCAGAGAUGUUGGCCCACCUGACCCAACACUGGCUUGGCUUGUCCCCCCCUCCCAUCGGGUGACACUUGUUUCUACAGCUGCUCUUCGCCUGCUCUGUAGGUUUUGGUUGGCAAGCCUGGGGGCUGUCCCUCCCUGCAGAGCCCAAGCUAACAGCCUCUGCUCAACCCACAGGUGUGUGGCACCUCGGGACCUCUCAGGCAGCAGAGAGACCCGGACUGGCUGCAAGGGCACCAGGCCCGGGGCUGGUGGGGAGUGGUCACUCGGGGCCGGCCUGCCUCACCGCCACACCUCCGUCCUCUAGGGCUUCAAGCCAAGCCAGUAGCCAUUGGCAUGAAACAUCUUCGAGGUGGAGAAGGGCCACUCCGGCUUUGCUAGCAAUAACUGACCUUCAGGUGCCCUCUGAAGGAGCAGGGACUCAGCACAGAGUUCACUUUACUUGGGACUGAAGGAGCGUCCCUCCUCUGUGUGAACAGAAAGUGGUUCAUUCUUCAUUCUGACUUUUUUUUAACUGUUUGGCUUACUACCAGUUUGUUUGAAUGAGUGGUAAUUUUCUCCAUGAAUUGGGAGAGGGUGGGAACAUCAGCCCCAUCACGGUGGUGCAGUGGGCCUGCCCUCCGCUUGGUCAUCAUGGUCAUCGCGGCCACCAGGUCCCCUCUGGGCAUCAAUGAGAUGCUCUUCUGUUCUGAUGGUGCCCGGGCUAGAGAGCCAGGCAACCAUGCAGCCGCUGACCAGUAAGUAGGGUGACAUCCAUUCCAAAUUCUUUGUUUCAUCUUGGCACACAUGGUUGGUCAUAAAACUGUAUUCAUCCUAAAUGGUAUUGGGAAAAAUGUAGUUUCUACUAAUCAGAGACUGCAAACUAGGAAAAGGCUGUGUGAAAAAAAUCCCUUUCCUUUCCUCAAUGUACAUAGUUCAGUUCUUUGUUACAUUUAAACUGUAUCCAUGGACAUCAGUCUGUUUUGGACUCCUGCUAGUGUUAAAGAUGAAAAUAAAACCAUUAAUUUGAACCAAA